CUCCCAACAAAAUGAGAUCGACGCCGCGGUGUGCCCCCUUCCCCAACCCAAACCCUAACCCCGAUGCUUCCCCUCCCCCGUCGUCGCCGAUGACCCCUCGCGCGCCGUCGAUGCGCCACCACCCGCCGCACCUCUACCUCGCCGAGGUCGUCGCCUCCUGGCACCCCUUCCACAAGAAGCCCUGCCUCUCCGACCGAUCCACCGCUCCCCCCUCCGCCCACUUCGCCGACGCCCCGGAGACCCAGACCCAGACCCCGACACCUCCCCUCUCCGCCAGCGGCGGCGGCGGCGGCGGGUCGUUCCGGUGGCUCGGGCCACGCAAGCGCCGCCGCCGCGGCGCGGGGUCGCGGUCGGUGUCCGGCCGCAGCAGCGACCGCCGUAGAUCCGGCACCUGCUCCGACUUCCACGUCACGUGCGGCGCCGGUGGCGGCGGCGCCACCGACUCCAGCGGCGAGAUGUGGGCCUCGGACGUCGGGGAGGUGCGGAUGAGGGACGUCCCCAUGGCGACGGAGUUCGGCCCCGCCGCGCCCGUUGGUGGGGCUGGAUCGGGGUCUGGUGGGACGGGCGCCGCAGCGGAGGUGGCUGCGGCGGAUUCCGGCUAUGGUAGCGAGCCGGGAUACCGGGGAGAUGUGGAGCUUGGGUACGGGGAUGAGAUCGACGAGGAGGAAGAGGACGGAAGGCAGCAGCUGUUCUUCUGGGGCGAGGAAAUCGGAGAUUGUAUAGCAGAUAUGAAUAAGAUGGGGAUUGUUGGUGACAAUAAUUUUGGGGAGCAGAAGAGCCAUCACCGUUGUAGGCGCAAGAAGCAUGAUGUGAGGAUGCUGGAUCCUUGAGGCAAAAACUUGAAACUUUUUGGUAAAAUAUGAAAUAUCUACAUGACCUAUAUAUACCACCGCAGUUCUGAGGAAUCAAUUUCCUUGCUUCUUUUGUGCAGCUUGUGCUGAUGUGUGGUCAAACUAAUUACUGAUGUAUCAAUGUAUGUAUAGUUGAUUUGUUGUUCCGGGGCAAUCAGUAGUUGUGUGAGCAUGUUUUCGAGAAUUCUGUAUGUGCAUGUAUGAUCUAUGCUGUGCCAGCAGUUGAAUUUCCUGGUAUCACUUGCUGCUAUUUGACUGCUGAACUACUGAUUCGUUCGUUAGGGCGUUCGAUUGGGCACAAGUUAUGCUUAAAAUUGAUAAUGGUGUAUUUUGGCA